AUGUCCGCUGAACCUCAGGCUGACGAGCAGGAUCGCAACGAGAGGAUGCAGAAAUAUAUCGAUGGGAUAAUAGCCGUGACGUCAUUGGACGGAGGUGGAGGGGUUGGUGGUGACGGAAAGGGGGUUGGUGGCGACGAGGAAGAUAUACUGAUGAUGAAGAAGAAGAAGAAGAAGGAGGAUCCCAGUACCGAUGAAUCGGAUUCGGAUGAUUCUUCGACCUACUCGAUCGAGAUCAAGAGGGCUUCGCCCUUGAUCUCGUUCGCUAGCAACGGUAAAAAGACCCGCAACAAGUGGAAAGCUUCGGAAGACUUCGCGCUGCUGAGGGUGUUGUUGGACCACGCGCAUCUGCUCACGUUCGUGGAGUACUUCAAGCCCAUGAAGAAGUUCUGGAUCAAGAUAUCACAGGCUCUUAACGAACUGCAUGCCGGCGAACGUAAUGCCCGGCAGUGCCAUGACCGUUUCAAAGUGCUCUACGCCAAGGCUCUACGUAUCCAGGACGACCUGGACGAAGAUGACACCUACAGCGGUACGCUCAAUUCGGAGGCAGAACAACUGCUCCUCCAUGUGCGAAACACAUUCACUUUUAGCAGCGGCAACAUCACUUUGAAAACACAGCCUGCGGUCGCGUCUGCGCUGCCCGACGAAACCGCACAGGCCACUAAGCUCCGACAGGACCAAGACCAGACCACUGAGACGCAGAGAAAGGAGACCGAGACCAUGCAAUCAUAUAUCUUUCAUGUACUCAGUAAUUUACAAGAACAAAUCGACUUACUGCGCAACCAUUUGAGGGCUACGGAUCGCAAGACCCAGGAACUCUCCGACACUUUGCAAGAUCUCAUCCAGGCGUUUCAUUUCCCACCUCCACCUUCACAGCACGAGAACCAAGACGAGAAGCGGUCGUCGGGCGACGACGCGCGAACUAAAAAAUAA